AUGGCCGGUUUUGGUGUGAAAUCGCCUCUCAAUUCAUUCUUGAAUCACAUGAAUGACAUGCAGUUCCAGAAGGACGGCCACCGUAUGGCCAACGCUAUGUCCAUCGCUCAGAGGGAGUCUUUGACACCACUCUAUGACCACAUCAAUGAGACAGUCAUCUCGAAGUACGUCUUCGCCCCCUUUGACGACCUAUUGGUCGCUCAUCUCAGGUGUUGUCGAGCGCUGGUUGUGGACAACGACCCGAUCCAAGCGUUUCACUACAAGUGUCAGGGAAUCCAAGCGUUGACUAAAGUGUUGACGCAAUUGAAGGACGAGAACUGGAUUUUGCCGGUGAUGUACACAUCGGCCGUCGAGUUGAGACAAUUGGCAACCGUUGCGGAUCAGUACAAACGCAAGACCGGCGACACCUCUACGCACGUGAAGCCCGACGAGUGUCUGGAAGAGGCGGCCGCACAACUGAUGGCCUGCUUUAGGAUUUGCGCCAACGAUAACCGCGCGGCGCAUGACGUGUCCAAAAGGAAAGGCAUGAUUAAUCUGAUUAACCAAUUGUUCAAAAUCUACUUCAAGAUCAAUAAAUUGCAUUUAUAUAAGCCGUUGACCCGCGCUCUGGAAAACGCCAAUAUGAACAGUCAGUUCAGUUUAGCCCAAACCGUGACCUAUAAUUACUUCACGGGAAUGAAGUCUCUCUUCGACUCCGACUACAAGAAGGCCGAAGAGUUGCUGUCGUUUGCGUUCAACAAUUGUCAUCCCGAGGCCCACAAGAAUCACAGAUUGAUAUUAAUUUACUUAAUACCAGUGAAAAUGCUUUUGGGACAUAUGCCCAGCGAUCAUCUCCUCCACAAGUAUCGGCUCCAAGAGUUCGCACCAGUCAUCCAAUCGGUCAAAGAGGGUAAUGUGCGGCGUCUGGAUGAGGCCCUGGAGGCAAACGCCCACUUCUUCUGGGGGAACGGCAUUUACCUCAUUCUCGAGAAACUCAAAAUCAUUGCCUUUAGAAAUAUUUGUAAAAAAGUGGCGCUUAUUGUGGACUCGCAUCAGAUCCACAUCCAAGUGAUUAUGACUGCAAUGAAGCACUUAUACGAUGACAGCAUUACUCUCGAAGAAGUCCACUGUAUUCUCGCAAAUCUCAUAUUCGAAGGCAAAAUCAAAGGCUAUAUUUCAUUACAAUAUCAAAAACUUGUUAUUUCUAAACAAAAUCCAUUUCCGCCGCUCUCGUCGGUCACCGCCUAA